GAGCAGCUUUGGCUUCGCAUGGCGAAAGGAUACACAGCUGAACGUCAACGUGGUGAUUAGGUUUGCUAAGCAAAAAUGUCUGCCUAAGGGAAACUCGUAAGUUACAUUCAGGGAAUAUUUUGCAAAAUAUUACUGAAAAAACCUUGAUUCCAAACUCGAGCAGACGCGAAGAAGGAAUACAAGGCUUCAGUUUUCACUCCAAUUCGCCCUAGUCGGAUAUUUAAACGGGAAAAGGUAAAAAAUAUUGUAGUGAGUUUGAAGAAAAGGGUUCGGACUGGGUGACAGAAGUUGGGAUACAAGACUGGAGCUGGUUUAAGGGUCGGCAUUUGCUUUACGACAUUUACUUGAAAUCUUUUUUUUUUUGUAAUGAAUUACAACAUUGAAUGGAGAAAGCAUGCCCUUUUUCAAAUGUGUAGUUGCAGGAACUCAAGAUGAACCCCCAGCAGCGCGCUGCCGCUAUUGGAACAGAUAAGGAACUAAGCGAUCUACUGGAUUUUAGUGCGAUGUUUUCACCACCUGUAACCAGUGGAAAAAAUAGACCAACUACCUUGGGCAGCAGUCGGUUCAGUGCAUCAGGUAUGGAGGAGAGAACAAGCACAGCCUCAUGGGAAGCAGGAGGACAGCCAAGUCCCUCUUAUCAGUCCUCCAGGGGUUUUGCAGACAGCCCUCAUUACAGUGAUCACGUGAGUGACAGUCGAUUAGUGACCCACGAAGGAUUGUCCCCGACGCCUUUCAUGAACUCCAGUCUGAUGGGUAAAUCUUCAGAGAGAGGUCAAUUUUCAGUGUACGCCAGAGAGCCAGGAGUUUCUGGAUGCCAAUCCAGUCUUCGAUCAGACAUGGGGCUUGGAACUCCAGGACCGCUGUCAUCGUCGGCAAAACCUGGAACCCCGUUCUAUUCGUUCUCUUCCGCAAACCCACGACGGAGGACGCUUCACGACACUGCGCCGCCUGAUCCCUUACAAGCAAAGAAAGUGAGAAAGGUUCCUCCUGGAUUGCCUUCGUCUGUGUAUGCACCCUCUCCAAGCUCAGAUGACUAUAAUAGAGAUUCUCCCAGUUACCCGUCUCCUAAACCUCCCAACAGUAUGUUUGCAAGCACUUUCUUUGAUGGGACCCAUAAUUCUUCUUCUGACCUUUGGAGUUCAUCCAAUGGGAUUAGCCAACCAGGCUAUGGAGGAAUGCUGGGAAGCUCCUCUGCUCACGUAUCACAGCCCAGCAGCUAUGGCAACCUACAUACACAUGAUCGCUUGAACUACCCACCGCAUUCAGUUUCACCAGCAGACAUCAGCGCCAGUCUUCCUCCUAUGUCCAGCUUCCACAGAAGCAGCACCAGCACUUCCCCCUACGCUGCAGCUUCUCACACUCCUCCGGUGAACGGCUCCGAGACCAUCCUGGGAAGCCGGGGGAAUGCGUCUGGAAGCUCCCAGACAGGAGAUGCACUUGGAAAAGCCUUGGCUUCUAUUUAUUCACCUGACCACACCAGCAGUAGCUUUCCAUCAAAUCCAUCAACACCGGUUGGAUCCCCGUCGCCUCUAGCAGGUGCAAACCACUGGCCGAGAGCAGGAGGACAGACACCAUCCUCUCCCAGCUAUGAGAAUUCUCUUCAUUCGUUGAAAAAUCGAGUUCAGCAGCAACUUCAUGAGCAUUUGCAAGAUGCAAUGUCAUUCUUAAAGGAUGUCUGUGAGCAGUCUCGAAUGGAAGAUCGAUUGGACAGGUUGGAUGAUGCCAUCCAUGUACUACGAAACCAUGCAGUGGGGCCUUCGACGAGCAUGUCUGGUGGCCAUGGCAACCUGCAUAGCUUACUGGGGCCAUCGCACAACGGGCCAAUUGGAGGAAUCGAUUCAAACUACGCAGCAUCUGGGCUGGUGACAUCCAAUCGGACAGCUUCCUUGGUUGGGGCUAAUCGUGAUGAAGCUGCCAGUCUUAACAGCAGCCAUUCAGCUCUGCCCAAUUCGGUGUCGACUCCAAGCACAGAAUUAAGCCACCAGGAGAACUACAGAGGUGGUGUAUCCAGCCAGCCAGCAGGCACAAGUCCAGUGGAAUUAAAACUAGAGAAAAAAGAAAAAGAUGAGAAUGUACAUGAAACAAAUUCACCAGAUGGCUUCAAAUCAGACUAUGAGAGCGACAGAAAGGACCUCAAGAUGACACCCAGAGGAGGAACCAGGACAAGUCUGUGUUCACCUCUCAGCAGUAUUAACGAGGAUGAGGACUUGAACCCAGAACAGAAGGCAGAGAGAGAGCGCGAGAGGAGAAUGGCCAACAACUCCAGGGAGCGAUUGCGGGUUCGAGACAUCAACGAAGCAUUCAAAGAGCUGGGCCGAAUGUGUCAGCUGCACCUGAAGAGUGAGAAGCCUCAGACGAAGCUGCUUAUUCUUCACCAGGCUGUCGCUGUGAUCCUUAAUCUGGAGCAACAAGUCCGAGAGAGGAACCUAAAUCCCAAAGCAGCCUGCCUUAAGAGGAGGGAAGAGGAGAAGGGUUCUGCCGUAUCGGUGGAGCCUCCAGCAGCACACGCAGGAGUUCACCCUGGACUGUGCGACACUACAAACCCUAUGGGUCACAUGUGAACACCAGCCAGAAGCAAGAUCAAGUUUGUAAUAUAACAAGUGGGUGACCUUUCCACACAAGGACAGACAAUACUAACUCUUUGUGACACAAAUUUGAAAAGACAAACCACCUGAAGCAAAACCCCAGAAAAGAGCAAUCCUGUGACUGAAGAAACUGGCCUACAUCCAUAUAUCCCUGUGAAGACAUGAAACGUUGAAUCGGAAAUUUCAGCCCGCGAGUGAACUUCAGCUCCUAUGAUUCUGUUGCAGGCAGCGUGUGUCGCAUCUAAAGCAAUCCGAGACUGUCGCGAUCUCUCCACUCCUCGUGCAAGUUGCCUUGUGCCUAAACUGAAUUACCGAAUGCAUUGUAACCACAACAUAUUAUUUAUUAUGUUACUGAGCUCCAGGGUUUACGUCUAAAGGGAAGAUUAUGAUGUCAGUUGGAACAUCUGAUGAAGUUUCAGCUGAUGCCAGCGUUUGUUAAAGCUGUUCAUAUACAGAGAGCAAAAACACAACAUUAUCAACCUUCUUUUGGACCCCUAGCAUUCCCUGCAUACCUCUUAGUGUCUUAAGAAAGGGAGGGAAGAGUAUUACUGUCCUUUCCAUUCCUUUUGCCAUAUAGUGUUUUCAGUGUAACACAAUAUUCCUUUAAAGAGCAAUUGUUUCAUCGAUGUUAUUUUUUGGUCUCUGGUUAUCUGAACAGUUGUGGUCAUAGUUCAACCUUCAGCACGCAACUCCAUGGUUAAAGUCAAGUUGCAAACCGCUGUGGUAUCAAGGAUUGCUUGAAUAUCAGUACUGUGAGCAUAGUAUCACUUGGCCUGCAUUUAAUUGUAACUUUCUUUUUUUUGUUUAAAAAAACAAACAAAAAACAAACAAACAAAAAAUCUUUAUACAAAAUAAACACAUUUUAUUUGUUUUAUUUGUAAUUAUAUACAAAAAAAAACUUUUCUAGGCUUUAUAGUAAAGCUUGUAACGUGAAGUGUGAUAUAGAAGAAAAGAAAAUAUCUAAUUUGUUAGAAUUGCUUUGUUUUCCAAGCAGCAGCGGAAACAGCAGUAUCGUGCUUUAAUAGAGUGCAAGUAAAGUGUUAGCUGGGAGUGCACACUAAUGCUUUAAACAAAACAAAAUGACCAUGCUCAGAGGAGGGGGUAAGACCACUGGUCCACCUGGGCAGGUAGUGAAACAAGAACAAUGCAGGGGAAGACAAAGAGCAAGGGCCAUAGCUUUCUCAUAUCAUUUGUGUGUGUGUGUGUGUGUUUUUUAUUAUUGUUUUCUUGUUACCCAAAUGGUGAGUUAGUUGAGAGGUCAUAAGUAUCAAUAACUGUCCAUAAAAGCUGUUGGUGGUGUUGACAGGUGAAACUUUCAAAGCAUUAGCGCUACACAGUACAAUUCUCAUAGUCUUAAUUAUAUUUAUCCAUAUCCUUUUUAACUUCCAUGUGUGCUUUCUUCCACUGUUAGCCAUCUUAGGAUGAGACUGUCACAGCGUUUGUGUUCAUCUUUCCUAUUAACUGUUGGUUGACAGCAACAUUUUAAACAUUAAGUCAUUUUAAGAACAAAUUGUGGCAUUUAAGACAAAUAAAACAUGCUAACUGGGAGGGGGUCAUUACCAGUUUACUCUUUCUUAAAAAAAAAAAAAAAAAGAAAACAAAUCUAUGAUUGGUCGGACUGACUAUAUAUGUGACCUUGUUCUUCAUUUCAGUGUUUUAUAAAAAAAAAAAAAAAUGUUUUGCUUAAAAAGCGUGAGCAUUAUCACGUGUCACUGCCUGGCAUUUUCUUUUCUUUUUUUUCUUCCUUUUUGUUUUUUCUUCUAAGCCUGUUUCUACGCUUGUCCUUUUGGCUGUAUUAGACUUUGCAGUAUGCCCAGAAGCUUUCCUUCAUAAAAAAAAAUAAUAAUUAAAAAAAAAAAAAAACACAGAAAGAAAAAAAAAAAAACAUUUGGCUUAUUUUUCACUGUAGUUAGUCUUUUAUACAGUAAUCUUGUAAGAAAAUUUCUUGAAUUCUAAAUAUUACUCUUUCUAGAUUUUUGAAAUCGAAAAAGUUUUCAGUAAAAAGUUUCUUACUUUAUUUUACUAUAUUAGGUAGUAAAGAUGUACGGUUAUUAACCAUAACCUGUCCAUUUAAGAUCAGAAAUUUAAAAAUAGCAUCCUAAGAACAUAGUAGGGUAGUACGUAUGGAGUAUUGUACGAGCUAAAUGUUCAAGAUGAACAGCUUCUCAUCUUGUCCUCCAGUUUUCAUUGUUGGUUAAUGCAGAUUUGUACCUGUGUCAAAUUUCAAGGUAUUGUUGACAAACAUUUAAAACCAGCAGCAAGAAGCUCCAUUUUUUUCUGUCACUGUAACAGAAAACACAAUAUGUAUAUAACAUUUAUGUAGCAAUAAAUGUGCCAUCUUUUUUUAACAA